GGAACUCUGUCUCCGAGCUGGAGCAGCAUGGAGCGGCGGAGCGAGAGCCCGUGCCUGCGGGACAGCCCCGACCGGCGCAGCGGCAGCCCCGACGUCAAGGGGCCUCCCCCGGUGAAGGUGGCGCGGCUGGAGCAGAACGGCAGCCCCAUGGGAGCCCGCGGGAGGCCCAACGGCGCCGUGGCCAAGGCCGUGGGAGGGCUGAUGAUUCCUGUCUUCUGCGUGGUGGAGCAGUUGGACGGCUCUCUCGAAUAUGACAACAGAGAAGAACACGCCGAGUUCGUGCUGGUUCGGAAGGACGUGCUCUUCAGCCAGCUGGUGGAGACGGCGCUGCUGGCCCUGGGCUACUCCCACAGCUCCGCCGCCCAGGCCCAAGGAAUAAUCAAGCUGGGGAGGUGGAACCCGCUCCCGCUCAGCUACGUGACCGAUGCCCCCGACGCCACGGUGGCCGACAUGCUGCAGGAUGUCUAUCACGUCGUGACGCUGAAGAUCCAGCUGCAGAGUUGCUCGAAGUUGGAAGACCUGCCCGCGGAGCAGUGGAACCACGCCACCGUCCGCAAUGCCUUAAAGGAACUGCUCAAAGAGAUGAACCAGAGCACACUAGCCAAAGAAUGCCCUCUCUCCCAGAGUAUGAUUUCAUCCAUUGUAAAUAGCACAUAUUAUGCCAACGUGUCCGCAACCAAGUGCCAGGAGUUUGGGCGAUGGUAUAAGAAGUACAAGAAGAUUAAAGUGGAAAGAGUGGAACGAGAAAACCUUUCAGACUAUUGUGUUCUGGGCCAGCGUCCAAUGCAUUUACCAAAUAUGAAUCAGCUGGCAUCCUUGGGGAAAACCAACGAACAGUCUCCUCAUAGCCAAAUCCACCACAGCACUCCAGUCCGAAACCAAGUGCCCGCGUUACAGCCCAUCAUGAGCCCGGGGCUUCUCUCUCCCCAGCUUAGUCCACAGCUUGUCAGGCAGCAAAUAGCCAUGGCCCAUCUGAUAAACCAACAGAUUGCUGUGAGCCGCCUCCUGGCUCACCAGCACCCUCAAGCCAUCAACCAGCAGUUCCUGAACCAUCCGCCCAUUCCCAGAGCAGUUAAGCCAGAGCCAACCAACUCUUCUGUGGAAGUCUCUCCCGAUAUCUACCAGCAAGUCAGAGAUGAGCUGAAGAGGGCCAGCGUGUCCCAAGCUGUCUUUGCAAGAGUGGCAUUCAACCGCACACAGGGCCUGCUGUCCGAGAUCCUUCGGAAGGAGGAAGACCCGCGGACGGCCUCGCAGUCCCUCCUGGUGAACCUGCGGGCCAUGCAGAAUUUCCUCAACCUCCCCGAGGUGGAGCGGGACCGCAUCUACCAGGACGAGCGGGAGCGGAGCAUGAACCCCAACGUGAGCAUGGUGUCCUCGGCCUCCAGCAGCCCCAGCUCCUCCCGGACCCCUCAGGCCAAAACCUCCACACCGACAGCAGACCUCCCCAUCAAGGUGGACGGCGCCAACGUCAACAUCACAGCUGCCAUUUACGACGAGAUCCAGCAGGAGAUGAAAAGGGCCAAGGUGUCCCAAGCCCUGUUCGCCAAGGUGGCUGCAAAUAAAAGUCAGGGCUGGCUGUGCGAGCUGCUCCGCUGGAAGGACCCCAGCCCGGAGAACCGCACGCUCUGGGAGAACCUGUGCACCAUCCGCCGCUUCCUGAACCUCCCCCAGCACGAGCGGGACGUGAUCUACGAGGAGGAGUCGCGGCACCACCACAGCGAGCGCAUGCAGCACGUGGUCCAGCUGCCGCCCGAGCCAGUGCAGGUCCUGCACAGGCAGCAGGCCCAGGCUACCAAGGAGAGCUCCCCUCCCCGCGAGGAGGCCCCGCCCCCGCCGCCGCCCGCUGAAGACAGUUGUGCCAAAAAGCCCCGGUCUCGCACCAAGAUCUCCUUGGAAGCCCUGGGGAUCCUGCAGAGCUUCAUCCACGACGUGGGCCUGUACCCCGACCAGGAGGCCAUCCACACGCUCUCGGCGCAGCUGGACCUGCCCAAGCACACCAUCAUCAAGUUCUUCCAGAACCAGCGGUACCACGUGAAGCACCACGGCAAGCUCAAGGAGCACCUGGGCGCCGCGGUGGACGUGGCCGAGUACAAGGACGAGGAGCUGCUGACCGAGUCGGAGGAGAACGACAGCGAGGAGGGCUCGGAGGAGAUGUUCAAGGUGGAGGCCGAGGAGGAGGGCGCCGACAAGGGCAAGGCCGCGCCCGCGGACAGCGACCAGAGAUAAUGUGAACCCCCACCAGGCACAGCAAUACAUCGGAUACACCUGUAGAGUGAAUACGUUCAGUAUUUCCCAAUCAGACGUCGCCUUGGCAAAGACACUCGAGUGUUACACUUCGACCAUGGACUGGAGCACAGUCAUGCCGGCCCGGAGACGCUGCCUUCGC